GCAGGGAGCUAAAAGGGCUCAGGGACAAGACGUGAAGCAAAGCAUUCAGGCUUAACUGAGCCUGUAGGGCUCAGGACUUCUGUGCGGGCUCCCUGCCACAGCUAGGGCAUCAUGGCCUUUGGCUUCACGUUGGAUUUCCAGGCUGUCCUCCAGACUCUUUCGGUUCUACAUUGGGUCCCUCUCUAUGUGGUACUAGGAGCGAUCCCCAUCAUUUUGGUGCCUGUCCUGCUAUUCACUGAGUACUGGACGGUGUCUGUGCUCACCUUGGCCUGGCUUCUGUAUGACUGGAAAACUCCCAGUCAAGGUGGCAGGCGCUCAAACUGGGUGAGGAAUUGGACCCUUUGGAAGCAUUUCCGGGACUAUUUUCCUGUUAAGCUGGUGAAAACUUGUGAGCUCUCCCCGAGUCACAACUACAUCAUUGCUGCCCACCCCCAUGGGAUCCUCUCCUAUGGGAUGUUUUGCAACUUUGGCACAGAGUCCACUGGCUUUUCUAAGAUUUUUCCUGGGAUCACCCCCUCUCUCGCCACCUUGGAAGGGAUCUUCUGGAUCCCAAUUGUCCGGGAGUAUGUGAUGGCAAAGGGCAUAUGUCCAGUGAGUCACUCAGCCAUGAAAUAUUUGCUGACAAAGAUGGGCUCCGGCAAUGCUGUGAUCGUGGUGGUGGGAGGGGCUGCUGAAGCCUUCCUGAGUCACCCUGGAACUGCCAACAUCAUCCUGAAAAACCGCAAAGGCUUCGUGCGGCUGGCCUGCCAGACAGGGGCGUACCUGGUUCCUUCCUAUUCCUUCGGAGAGAAUGACGUUCACAAACAGGAGAUCUUUGCUGAUGGCACCUGGCUGAGGUCUGUCCAGGGCUUCUGCCAGAGGGUAUCCAAGCACAUCCUGGGCCUGAGUUUCUGCACGUUCCAUGGCCGGGGCCUCACCAGGAACUCCUGGGGCUUUCUGCCUUUCAACCUUCCCAUCACCACUGUUAUUGGGGAGCCCUUUCCAGUUCCCAAGAUGGAGAACCCAAGCCAGGAAAUGGUGGACAAGUACCACGCCCUGUACAUCGAGGCAUUGCGGAAGCUGUUUGAUGAGCACAAGCUCCAAUAUGGGGUCUCAGAGAGCCAGGAGCUGAUGAUCUUGUGACAGGGCCCCACAAGCAGCAGAAGGAGGGAUCCCAGGAAGGCCUAGCUCAAGCCAAGGUCACAGGAUCCGCCAAACCCCUUUCCACAGGCCUGGGACCCUCUAGGGAAAAGGAAGCACUAAGAAGAUGUUCACCCCACACACACGCACCACAUUUCACAAACAGUGGCCAGUUGGAAAUGAGCAGACACCCUCAUUCAGCCCCUUGGCGCAGGGGCCGAGCAUGCCAGCUCCUGCUGGCUUUGGGCUUUGGGCUCUCUUCUACUUCUAGGACCCAUCACCCACAUCCUUUCCAUGGGCUUGCCAGUCCAUACCAGGGGCUUAGGGGCUUACUCUCCAGUCUCUUCUCACCAGGCAGGACCAGACAUGCCUGAAAGGGCACCUGCAAGCUUCCCCACAUUGGUACUCUGUGCUAUUGCCCUCGUAGGCUCUGGUCAUUUCUUGGGCAUUCACUAUGUGCAGGAGACACUGUGCUGAGCACUGAGGAUCCACAGAUGAUGAGGGGCAUCAGGCCCCACCCACGAGGAACUGACUGACUGAGGGGGGCUGGGAAUGCCCACAUGAGAAUGGAAAAUGAUUCAAAGUGCCUAGGAGACAUCCAAGCAUAACCUAAGGCAUUGGAGCAGGGGCUGAACUGAGGGCAGGGGGAGUGCUUCCUGAAGGGCAUCGGAGCA